GACGUGACAUUGACAAAAUUGACGUUUCCUUUAUGUUCUGAAGUGUCUGAAAUGGGAUCACGUUGUUGUUAUUAAAAAUAAAUCUGUUGAAGAAUCGAACAACUUUUCACCAUGGGCAAGUUAGACGUUGCAAUAUUACGUUAUUUAACGGCUGAAGACUUUCGUGUCCUGACCGCUGUGGAAAUGGGUAUGAAAAACCAUGAGCUCGUGCCUGGAUCCCUCGUUGCAUCUAUAGCUAACCUCCGUCAUGGUGGAGUUCACAAAUUAAUGAAAGAUCUGUGUAAACAUAGAUUGUUGACAUAUGAACGUGGAAAACACUAUGAUGGCUACCGUCUCACAAAUUCUGGCUACGACUAUUUAGCUCUGAAAGCUCUGACAAACAGAAAAGUAAUUGCUUCAUUUGGCAACCAGAUUGGUGUGGGAAAGGAAUCUAAUAUUUAUACAGUCGCUGAUGAAGACCGUAACCCAUUAUGUCUGAAGCUUCACAGACUGGGCCGCACAUGUUUCCGUAACAUAAAAGAUAAGAGAGACUACCAUGCCCAUCGCAACAAGGCAUCCUGGCUAUACUUAUCCCGCAUAUCAGCAACUAAGGAGUUUGCAUACAUGAAGGCUUUGUAUGACAGAGACUUUCCUGUUCCCAAGCCUAUUGACUUCAACAGACAUUGUGUUGUCAUGCAGCUGGUGACUGGAGGACCAUUAACUCAUGUUUCAUCAGUGGAAGACCCAGAAGCCUUAUAUGAUGAGCUGAUGAACUUGAUAGUGAGACUUGGUAACUGUGGUGUCAUCCAUGGUGACUUCAAUGAGUUCAACAUAAUGAUUGAUGAAGACAAUCAUCCUGUCAUCAUUGAUUUUCCACAGAUGGUGUCCACUUCCCAUCCUAAUGCUGAACUUUACUUUGAUCGCGACGUGCGCUGUGUCCGAGAGUUCUUCAAGAAACGCUUUGGUUAUGAGAGCGACCUUUAUCCAAAAUUCAGUGACCUCGAACGAGAUGAUGAGCUUGAUUCAGAGAUUGCUUGUUCGGGAUACAAACGCACCAAGGAUGUUGACAAUGAAUUGCUUCAGGAAAUGGGCAUAGGUCUUCAACUCAGUGAUGAUGAAUUAGAAUCUGAAGACGAGCAAGAGGAAGAAAGUAGUAACAAGAUGACAGAACAAGAGUUAGAUAACCUUAGGAAAGAGGUUGAUGAAUCAAUACAGAAUGAUGAACGUCCAGUAAACCAGAUCAUAGCAAAAACAGUUGAACUAAAAAUAGAAGAACCGGAACAAGACAGCCAAAUCGGCAACCUUAAUAAAUAUAAAAAUGAAGAAGAAGAAAUACCACAACUUGUGAACCCGACAGAAAAAAUAGAUUCAGAUGUAGAUAAAAACUCGCAGAAAUAUAGACUUGCUAUGAUUGAAAAAGCACUGUCAGAUGUAAGAUCAAUGAGGACCUAUACGUCGGCAAGCACGAUAGCGCCAGAAAUUGUGAAGCAACAAGUAAAGAAGAAUCUGGAAAUAAAGCAGAAGAAGAUGGAGAGGAAGAAGGCAAUAGCUAAAGGAGAGGCGAGCGCCGUCACCAGGCAAAGGAGAGAUAACAGAGAAACUAUUAGAGAGAGCCAUGGGCUGUGGGGAUGGGAUGAAUAAAAUAUUUAUAUUUAAUUUUGUUUAUUUUAUUUUAUAACGGCG